GAGAGUUCAGGAUUUAUCUUCAAAUUCUUAUCAAAGUUUAUCCGAACUCUCUUUAUAUUCUUCGUGUUCCUCUGUUAACCCAUCAGUUGUCUUUUUGGUCACAUAAAGAUGAGGUCCUUUUUGUUGUCAGCUGUCUUCCUUCUAUCCGUCUGCUGUGUAUUCAGCACGAAAGUGGACUUCCACCAUGGCGACACACCUCACAAAGACUGCUCCAACCAUCAUGCUCAUUUCUCACACGACAAAAUCGAAAAAAUGAACCGUGGCGAACCAAUGGAGACUACCGAUAAGGAAUCUGGCCAACACGUGCUCUGCAUUUUGAAGGAAAGAAAAAUCGUUUCUGAAGAUGGUAUUGUCAACAAAGAUGUCUUGAAGACUAGACUGGCCAAGUUCUUUGGCGAAGGAAAUGAAGAUGUUCAGAAGGGUGUUGACUGUUUGGUUCAAAAAUCAGACCAGAUCGAUACUGCCAUCGCUUUCUACAACUGUGUGGCUCCUUACGUCAAGAAACAUAACGCUUAAUUUGGUUUUGUGUAUUAUGGUGAACAACAUGUACCCUAAUUCAUAGCUGAUAUUCAAUAAUAUAAUUUUGAUAAAAUUCA